CUGGGUCCUAAGGGCUUACUAGAUUCUGAUUCAGUUAGGAGCCCAACAUCUCCACUUGAUGUUAGGGUGCUGUCAAACUUAGGAAACGCAAUUAGAACCCCAAGAUCAUCUACCCAUGAGGGGAAUCAAAGGAGCUGGGAAUGCGGCAAAGUAGGCCUAAGCAUAAUAGAUUCUUUGGACGAUUGUGCUAAAUUUUCGGGGAAAAUUCUCCGACCAUCAGAGAGUAAGAAUCUCAGUCCCAGUCCAAGAAUGAGGGUGAAAAUUCCAAAUUGUCAAGCCUAUACUGAUUCUUUUGAGGCAUCUAAAUCCUUACCCAAGGAUUUUUGUAAGCCUCCUUAUAGCAAGAGUGGGUCUAUUUCUGGCAAGGGUGAAUCAAGAGUUCUCUUUGAAAUUGGAGAAACCCGUCCAGAGAUUGAGCCAUUUGGAAAAAAAACCCUUUCUGGUUUAACUCAUUCGAACAUUGAUUUGAUCUCUGAGAUUACCAUGAAAAAUAUGAUCCACCAAGUGGGCUCUCCUCCUCAUUUUAACGGGGGAAGCCAGAACUCAAGCACCUUAUCUCAUACAGAAUUCAAUUCGAAACCUUCAUCCAUAUGUACAUCAAAUGAAUUUGUUGGUUCCCUAUCAGCUGGUGAGAUUGAACUUUCUGAGGACUACACAUGUGUAAUUUCCCGUGGUCCUAAUCCAAAAACUACUCAUAUUGGAGAUUGCAUCCUGGAAGGUCAUCCUAAUGUUUUUGGAAACCAUUGUAAGAAUCAAGAGGGGAUACAAUAUCCCUCUAGUGACUUUUUGAGUGUCUGUUACCAUUGUGACAAGAAACUGGAGGAGGGGAAAGAUAUUUAUAUAUAUAGGGGUGAAAAAGCAUUUUGCAGUUUAAGUUGCCGGGCUCUGGAGAUCAUGAUUGAUGAGGCACUCGAGAAGAAAUCAAAUCCAUCUUCUGGAAAUUCUUCUCCAAAACCAGAAAAUAAUGAGGAAGUUCCUCCGCCUGGCAUUUUCACAGCCACCUAGAGGCUUUUUCUGCCAUGCCCACCUUGACCCUGACAAGGGUGGAUGCAGUUGAUCAUCUGUUCAUAGAAGAGCUGUCUUGUGUGCAUCAAUCAGCAGCCAUGGAUGAUCAUUUUGUACAUCACUGCGUUUGCCAUUGGUGUUUCAGCUUUCAUGCUCCUGGUGGAUGAUGGCUCUUGAACGGCUAGUUUUGGUUUUCAUAUAACUAGAGAUAUCAUGUUGUCAAACUUGCUGAUACUGGUAGCUUAUUUUACCCCAUGCAGAAAGGGUUGAAGCCGAUUUUUCUGCCUUCCCCUUCUAUUCAAUUUAGCUUGCAAUCUACAUUACCUCUGCAUUAUGUUAAAAAUCAAUGUAUACUAUCCGGACCUGUUUUUGACUGAAAUCAUACAUGUGAUUUUAGCAGGGUAUAAACCUAUUUCCUGGGAACAA